AUGGACAACCACAAUCGAACGAUGCUGAAUGAAUUCAUUCUAAUGGGAAUCACAGACCUCCCUGAGCUUCAGGCUUCAUUAUUUGGGCUCUUCUUCAUUGUAUACAUGGUCUCACUGGUUGGUAACCUAGGCUUGAUCAUCCUCUCAAACAUAGAUUCAAGGCUACAAACACCCAUGUACUUUUUCCUUAAACACCUGGCUUUUACUGAUCUUGGUUAUUCGACAGCUGUGGGACCCAGAAUGUUGGUAAAUAUUGUUGUAGAUGAACAUACGAUCUCCUAUAAUUCAUGUGCUACCCAGCUCAUGUUCUUCAGCAUAUUUAUCACUAGUGAAAUUUUUGUUCUGUCAACAAUGGCCUAUGACCGCUAUGUGGCCAUCUGUAAGCCUUUGCUCUACACAGUCAUCAUGUCACAAACAUUAUGUAGGGGGCUGGUGGCAAUACUUUAUCUCUACAGUGUGAUUUUGUCUUUGUUGACCAUCAUAAAAAUUUUUCAUUCAUCAUUUUGUGGCCAUAAUAUCAUUAGACAUUUCUACUGUGAUAGUCUGCCACUGAUUUCUUUGCUGUGUUCAGACACACAUGAAAUUAAAUUGAUAAUUCUGGUCUUUUCAUCUUUCAAUUUGAUUUCAUCUCUCCUGAUAGUCUUUGCAUCCUACAUUCAGAUCCUUGUCACCAUCCUCAGGAUGAACUCUGCAGAAGGCAGAUGCAAGGCCUUCUCCACCUGUGGAUCUCACCUGACAGUGAUAGUCAUAUUCUACGGUACACUAUUCUUUAUGUAUGUUCAACCCAAAUCCAGUCAUUCCUAUUAUACUGAUAAAGUGGCCUCGUUAUUUUACACUUUGGUCAUACCCAUGCUGAAUCCCAUGAUCUACAGUUUGAGGAGCAAAGAGGUGAAAAAUGCCCUACAUAGAACAUGGAAAAUGUGUGCAAAUACUAUAUUUAAAAUUAUGUAG